CAGCUUGUCACAUGGUACAAGGCUGUUGUGAAUAGCCUUGUACCAUGUGAUCUCUGUGAUCAUACACAGAUUUCACAUGUAGUAAGCAAUGAUAUCAGAAGUGACAUCUUGGUUACUACUAUUCAUGUGAUCACUGAUUGGCCAAUCAGUGAUCAAAUGAUCGGGACCUCACACAGAGGUCUCGUACAAAAUUGAGAAAUACUGUGUGAGCUGUGAUUGGUCAGCUUGUCACAUGGUACAAGGCUAUUGUGAACAGCCCUGUACCAUUUUAACUCUGUGAUCAUUCACAGAU